CCAUCAUCGACUGGGCCACCGGCUAUGGACAACCUGGAAAUACAUGUUGCUCAUGUUGCAUCAAAGAGCCCAGGAGAUAAGCAGCAGAACCGAUUGAACAUUACUACACCAUAACCAGGCUCUGCCGGCCGCAGCACGCGCGAUCUGCUGAUAGUAUACUCUGUACCUUGUGAUUGAGCCUGGACAACAAACUCAUGAUCCAAUCUUGUAAUCGGGCAUCGCGUCCCGCACACACAAUCAUUGCCAGGCCCCCUCCGCCCCCGCUGGGCGCAACCUCCACUCGCUGUUCCCGCAACGCGACAGGUCCAGUCCAUUGACCGACGGCCCAGUAUGCAGCCACCGGCACUUCUGCCGCCUCCUUGCCAGCCAUCCACUGGCCUAGCCUAGGUAGGCUUGGAGCCAAAGGCGAGCCGAUUUGGAGCCUUCGGCAACAGCAUGAAGUUAAGUAGCACGCCACUGGAACCACCGACUGGCUAGCGCCACAGCUUGGUUUUGGCCCGUACUGCACAGGGCAGGGCUGGACCAGGCUGGGCUAGGCUUUCUCAUCAUCCCAGCCGGUAGCGUGGAAAGCGCUGAACAUGCAGGCGUGAGACAUCCCGUCGUGACCCGCACCCGAGACGGCCAAACUUGGUAGGAUGCCCGGUCUUCUAGUUUGAGUUGUGUGCAUCCAGAUGUAACCUUCGCGCCGGGUGGGAUGCAAGAUGGUACCGAAACAAAUUCAUCCUUCAUGCUCCAUUCUGCCAAUGUGGCGACAAUGUCACCAGCCCCCCUGUAACACUGGUAGUUGCGGUCCGCAACGCGCACCGGCCGAAGGCGCUACGGGAGGGUGAUGCGUUGAAGGGAUUUAGCAUCAAAUUAAGGCAUUGCCGCAGAUGGAAAAUCAGUGAGAGGCUUGCUUGGCGUUCGCCGCAUAGCGGGCCUUGGCCGACUGCCAUGUUCCCAAGUCAGGCUCAUCAUGAUGCCAGUUAUUGAUUUGGCAAAGCUCUGAAAUGCGAAGGGGGGUAACUUUGGUAUGAGGGCAAGACAUAUAAAGCGCGGAUACGGCCGGUGAUCAAGGAUCUUGCUUCCUCUUUGGUGAGAGACAACAACCUGUGCUGUGAAAGUGGACUUCUACCUGAUACAUCCAGCUUGGAUAUGCGCAACCUACCCACACAGUCUCUUUUCGCUACUUUUACCCUGGUCUCUUUUUUUCCUUGUCAGCCUAUAAACGGUCUCUAAGCCAGCCUACGAUCUGUGCCAUAUUGCGAUAGUGCGCGACCUGUCGAUAAUUGUUCUCCGGCGAGGCAAAAUACGACCACCAUCUCUCUCGUUUUAUUAUAAACAUUCGACCUACGGAUUGCAGAAAUUUCUCUGAAUCACUCAUCGGCAACCGGCAAAAGCUUUCCACAGCGAAUAAUUCUAGACUGCCUACCACACUGGCCAAAACAAGGUGCUGCAACGCAAACCCCGCCGCUCACACAAACGAAACCGACACAAACGCCGUCUUUGUUUUUAUCGUUUUCCCUCACUCUCCUUCGAGGUUAUGUUCUUCAGCGGUUGAGCGUAUAACAUAACGAUACCUUCAAGAUUUUUUUCAAAUUCCGCCUCCGUCAACAGCAAUUGUGGUGUCAGAAUGCAAGUGGCUAAACAAGCCAGCUUUGGCAACAGCAAAGUGCAGCGAUCAUGAUGCGCAUUGCCGUCGCAGGCGGCUGUGGUCUGGGAUAUUUGAUUGCAACCGGCCUAUCGCAAGCCGAAACUGCUUAUAACGUCGUCGUUUUAUCAAGAACACUUAGACGCGAAUUUGCGCCGUUUGGUAUACAGGUCCAUGUGGUCGACUACACUGAUAAGGCGUCUCUACAAUUUGCCCUGCAAGGAAUAGACCUUGUCAUUUCGACAAUCUCUGGAAACGAGCAGCUUAAUCUUAUCAAUGCGGCAGGCCAUGGUCGGAUUCGAUACUUUGUCCCGUCCGAAUUCGAGGGAUCGCUCUCGCAUCGCCCUUCACCCCACCGCGAUACCCAGGAUCGGGGCUCCUCGCAAGCGCUUGCGCUUUUACAGCAAUGGGGUGACGCAUCUCGUAUGAAAUAUACCGUCUUUUCGUGUGGCAUAUUCAUGGAACACUUCCACCCCUUCGGUCUCGGGAGCUUUAGCAUUGGGCAUGGGGCCGGCGUGGCCAACGUCGGCGACUACUUGCUUGACAUGACUCUAGGAAUCGCAGAAUAUCCUGAAAAGACAGCCAAAGGGACUACAGUUCGCAUAUGCUUAACGUCGAUAUAUGAUGUUGUGCGUUUCAUCAUUGCUGCUGUCGACAUAGGCCCAAAGCACUGGCCAAAAGAGUAUACCUUACGCGGUGAUAAACUCUCGUUACGAGAUGUUGUAGACGCGUGUGGUCAGGCUCGUGGAGCACAAUUCGAGCACAGCACCGUCAAAUAUGGCGAGUUGACGUCCUAUAUUACUUAUUUCACACAAACAGGACAGCAAGACCGCGUUUCAUAUUAUCAACGUCUAUUAGAAACAGCAAAUGGACGCUACGAAUUCUCGCGAGCAACUUUGAAUGAGGCUGUUGAUAAGAGCAGUCGGGCAGACGUUAAGCCUGUUAACUUCAAGACGUGGCUCGCCUCAGCAUUAACAGGCUAACAACAGCCUCAUUCGUGGUGUACAGAGACAUACAUCAAGAAUUGUACAUAUACUAUAUCUUUUAGCAACGACCUGCCAAACUAGUCGAUGGUCGGCAGAUACCCUAGCUACACGACGAAUGAUGGAGCGCAUCAUGUAGUAGGGGUACACUUAAUCUGGCUUGUGGGUGGACGAGCUGUCUGUACCCUACUUAGAAAUUAACCUCACGAGUAUUACGACAUUUAUAUGAAUAAAUGAUUAUGUCAAAUG